GCGAGCAAGUGCGAAUUACUGAUUACUUGGAAAAUUUAAAUAAUUACUUAGUAGUAUGUCGCAACUAAGAAUGCGACUGGGCAGCCGAAUCUUAGGUCUAGCUUUCAUAGUGCUGUUGGCCACAAAUUCCGUGCAGGCUAAGAAACCACCACCCAAACGUCCUUCAUCGAUGUCCAGUGGUCAUGGUACAGCACCUUCGUAUAGCAAUUCAGAUCUGCAUAGGCUGAGCUAUGGUGGUGGAUCACAGAGUGUUCCAGCUGCGGCAGCAAGUCCUCCUAAAUCAGCGGGUCAAAUGGCUCCCAGGACCAACACUACGCACUUUACUCCUGCUACCAACUACCGACCACACUCGAACUCGACCAGUGGUUUUGGUGGAGGUGGUUUUAAUAACACCUCAUUCCCAUCAAACAGCACGCACGGCUUUGGUGGAGGUGGUUUCAAUAGCACCUCAUUCCCAUCAAACAGCACGCACGGCUUUGGUGGAGGUGGUUUUAAUAACACCUCAUUCCCAUCAAACGCCACACACGGCUUCCACUCAAAUUUUACACACCAGCAGGCUGGUAACGUUGGUUAUUUGCCUCCUGGGACAGAAUUUUCCUAUCCUGGCCAGCAGUCACAUUAUCCGAGUCACCAAGCCGGCAACUUCUAUCCUCCACCCGGUGCCACUUACUUACCCGCUGGAUCCCCAUUGCCAGCCGGUGCACAGUUUCAACCGCAGCCACAGCAAUCCUCAUCUGGACUAGGCUUGGGCACUGGCCUCAUUGCCGGCGCUAUUGGUGGUGCUGUUUUGGGCCAUGUACUGACGCCAACGGAGACUAAAGUCGUGAAUCAAGCCCCGCCUGCUGGUGAUGCUGGCAGUGCUGAUAAGAUCAUUAUCAUCAAUAACAAUGCACAGCCUGGAACCGUCACGACUGCUGAAGUGGCAGCGGGCACAACCAUCAUCAACACUGGCGUUCCACAGACUACGAUAUCGCCAGCUGUUGUCCAGCCCGCAGUAGUUCAAGCUGCUUCCACCAAUACGUCUGCAGUUCCCACUUAUUUCAAUAUACCCGAUGGAUUUGUGCCACUCUCUCCGAUGGUACCCGGCGCUCACCCCAGCCUCAUGCGAAUUCCAGGUGCAGUGUAUCUUUCUCCAGAUUCGGGUCUUCACGAUGCACACAAUGGAGCUAAACACUUCUACGCAUCGUCAGUUCUGACCCUAGUGGUUGCCUACAGCCUAUUCUAGACGCCUUCCGGCACUUCUUAUGAAUUGAAAACGUGAAUCAAAUAAAUAUUACUUUAUUUUGUAACUUUCCCUGAAAA